AUGGUCGUGUCCUCGUUACCCCCUGGGUCCCAGGGCAGCGUCCCUGUGCAGCCAGGCAGGGCCCAGCACACAGUAGGACUGGAGGGUGGGGAGAGUGUAGUCGGUGUUCCCACGGCUGCGGCAGCGGCUCGGACGCCCCUGGACGUGGAGGAGGGCCCCUGGACGUGGAGGAGGGCCCUGGACGUGGAGGAGGGCCCCUGGACGUGGAGGAGGGCCCUGGACGUGGAGGAGGGCCCCUGGACGUGGAGGAGGCCCCCUGGACGUGGAGGAGGCCCCCUGGACACAGGAGGAGGACCCUGGACGUGGAGGAGGCCCCCUGGACGUGGAGGAGGCCCCCUGGACAUGGAGGAGGCCCCCUGGACACAGGAGGAGGACCCUGGACGUGGAGGAGGGCCCCUGGACGUGGAGGAGGGCCCUGGACGUGGAGGAGGGCCCCUGGACGUGGAGGAGGGCCCCUGGACGUGGAGGAGGGCCCUGGACGUGGAGGAGGCCCCCUGGAAGUGGAGGAAGACCCUGGACGUGGAGGAGGGCCCUGGACAUGGAGGAGGCCCCCUGGACAUGGAGGAGGCCCCCUGGACGUGGAGGAGGGCCCUGGACACGGAGGAGGACCCUGGACGUGGAGGAGGGCCCUGGACGUGGAGGAGGACCCUGGACGUGGAGGAGGGCCCCUGGACGUGGAGGAGGGCCCUGGACGUGGAGGAGGGCCCUGGACACGGAGGAGGACCCUGGACGUGGAGGAGGGCCCUGGACGUGGAGGAGGGCCCUGGACGUGGAGGAGGGCCCCUGGACGUGGAGGAGGGCCCUGGACGUGGAGGAGGGCCCUGGACACGGAGGAGGCCCCUGGACGUGGAGGAGGCCCCCUGGACGUGGAGGAGGGCCCCUGGACGUGGAGGAGGGCCCUGGACGUGGAGGAGGCCCCCUGGACAUGGAGGAGGCCCCCUGGACACGGAGGAGGACCCUGGACGUGGAGGAGGGCCCCUGGACGUGGAGGAGGGCCCUGGACGUGGAGGAGGGCCCCUGGACGUGGAGGAGGGCCCCUGGACGUGGAGGAGGGCCCUGGACGUGGAGGAGGCCCCUGGACGUGGAGGAGGGCCCCCUGGACGUGGAGGAGGCCCCCUGGACGUGGAGGAGGCCCCUGGACGUGGAGGAGGGCCCCCUGGACGUGGAGGAGGCCCCCUGGACGUGGAGGAGGCCCCUGGACGUGGAGGAGGGCCCUGGACGUGGAGGAGGGCCCUGGACGUGGAGGAGGCCCCUGGACGUGGAGGAGGGCCCCUGGACACAGGAGGGCCCCCUGGACAUGGAGGAGGCCCCCUGGACAUGGAGGAGGCCCCCUGGACACAGGAGGAGGCCCCCUGGACACAGGAGGAGGACCCUGGACGUGGAGGAGGCCCCCUGGACAUGGAGGAGGCCCCCUGGACACAGGAGGAGGCCCCCUGGACACAGGAGGAGGACCCUGGACGUGGAGGAGGCCCCCUGGACACAGGAGGAGGCCCCCUGGACACAGGAGGAGGCCCCCUGGACGUGGAGGAGGCCCCCUGGACGUGGAGGAGGCCCCCUGGACGUGGAGGAGGGCCCCUGGACAUGGAGGAGGACCCUGGACGUGGAGGAGGCCCCCUGGACACAGGAGGAGGCCCCCUGGACACAGGAGGAGGACCCUGGACGUGGAGGAGGCCCCUGGACAUGGAGGAGGCCCCCUGGACAUGGAGGAGGCCCCCUGGACACAGGAGGAGGCCCCCUGGACACAGGAGGAGGCCCCCUGGACACAGGAGGAGGACCCUGGACGUGGAGGAGGCCCCUGGACAUGGAGAAGGGCCCCUGGACAUGGAGGAGGCCCCCUGGACAUGGAGGAGGGCCCCUGGACACAGGAGGAGGCCCCCUGGACACAGGAGGAGGACCCUGGACGUGGAGGAGGCCCCUGGACAUGGAGAAGGGCCCCUGGACAUGGAGGAGGCCCCCUGGACAUGGAGAAGGCCCCCUGGACACAGGAGGGCCCCCUGGACACAGGAGGGCCCCCUGGACAUGGAGGAGGCCCCCUGGACCCAGAGGAGGGCCCCUAGACGCAGAGGCGGGCCCCCUGGAUGCAGAGGAGGCCCCCUGGACGUGGAGGAGGCCCCCUGGACGCAGAGGAGGCCCCCUGGACAUGGAGGAGGCCCCCUGGACACAGGAGGGCCCCCUGGACAUGGAGGAGGCCCCCUGGACAUGGAGGAGGCCCCCUGGACCCAGAGGAGGGCCCCUAGACACCGAGGCGGGCCCCCUGGACGUGGAGGAGGCCCCCUGGACACAGGAGGCCCCCUGGACAUGGAGGAGGGUCCCCUAGAGGCGGAGGUGGGUCCCCUGGACAUGGAGGAGGCCCCCUGGACACAGGAGGGCCCCCUGGACCCGGAGGAGGCCCCCUGGACAUGGAGGAGGCCCCCUGAACCCAGAGGAGGGCCCCUAGACACGGAGGAGGCCCCCUGGACACAGGAGGGUCCCCUGGACAUGGAGGAGGCCCCCUGGACAUGGAGGAGGCCCCCUGGACAUGGAGGAGGCCCCCUGGACACAGGAGGGCCCCCUGGACAUGGAGGAGGCCCCCUGGACAUGGAGGAGGCCCCCUGGACCCAGAGGAGGGCCCCUAGACACAGAGGCGGGCCCCCUGGACGCAGAGGAGGCCCCCUGGUCGUGGAGGAGGCCCCCUGGACACAGGAGGCCGCCUGGACAUGGAGGAGGCCCCCUGGACGCAGGGGAGGCCCCCUGGACAUGGAGGAGGCCCCCUGGACACAGGAGGGCCCCCUGGACCCGGAGGAGGCCCCCUGGACAUGGAGGAGGUCCCCUGGACCCAGAGGAGGGCCCCUAGACACAGAGGCGGGCCCCCUGGAUGCAGAGGAGGCCCCCUGGACAUGGAGGAGGCCCCCUGGACACAGGUGGGCCCCCUGGACCCGGAGGAGGGUCCCCUAG